GCUGGGGCGGUCCUGCCCCAGUGUGAGGACGGCACGGGGCAGAGCAGCACAGCACAGCACAGCACAGCACAGCACAGCACAGCACAGCACAGCACAGCACAGCACAGCACAGCACAGGGUGGUGGGAGCAGCGCGGGGCCGUGGGAGCGACGUGGGGCAGAGGGUGCCCACGGCCUCCCCGUGCCUGGGAUUUUCGCUGGGUUUCUGCAGGCAGAAGACCCCCCCAAGGAGCUGGAGGAACAUGGACCCAGCCUCCGAGCGGCUGAAUGAUGAAGAACCCGGCAUGAGACCCAAAGCCUCAGAGGCACAGCCCUCCUGGAAGCGGAUCGGCAUCGCCAUCCUGGUGAUUGUGCUCGUCCUCGCCUGCCUGGCUGCGGUUGGGCUCCUGGUCAAGGUUUACCUGGACCACCACUACUUCAUCUGCAAGCAGCCCCUGAAGCUGGUACCGCUGAGGCAGGUUUGCAAUGGGGAGGCAGAUUGCCUGCACGGUGAGGAUGAGGUCAGCUGUCCCCAGCAGGUCCCGGAGGGGCCAGAGGCUGCCGCUCGCCUGUCCAAGGACAGAUCGAUCCUGCAGGUGCAGAAUAGGAACACUGGAUCCUGGCACUGCGUCUGUUCUGACCACUUCAGCCCAGCAUUGGCAAAAGCAGCUUGUGAGGAAAUGGGCUACAGCAGCACCCCAACCUUCUACGCAGUGGAUGCGGGUCCAGGACAGCCCCUGCCUCCCCGUGAGCUGAUGCUGAGCAACGGCCGCCUACAGCUUCCCGAGCCAGGCAGGAAGUGCCUUUCUGGAUCGGUUGUUUCACUCCUUUGUUCCAGCUGCGGGGAGAGCGUGAGGACACCGCGUGUGCUGGGAGGGCGACCUGCAGCCAUCGAGACGUGGCCGUGGCAGGUCAGCCUGCGUUACCGCGGGGAGCACAUCUGCGGCGGCAGCAUCAUCGAUCCCCUCUGGAUCCUCACCGCUGCACACUGCUUCAGGAACAACCCCAUCAUACCCAGCUGGCGCGUGAAGGCCGGCUCCGAUGUCCUCUCUGGCCCUGCCACCCUUGCCAUAGAGAAGGUCUUCCUGCCCGAGGGGACGUCCACAUCUCCCAGUAACGAUGACAUCGCGCUGGUGAAGCUGCAGGUCCCUCUGCAUAUGUCAGACAGCAUCAAGCCCAUCUGCCUGCCCUACUUCGAUGAGAACCUGGAGCCAGGCACCCCCCUGUGGGUGAUAGGAUGGGGCUACACACAGGAGAAUGGUGAGUGGGACAUUGUGAGCUCCCUACCCUGUUGGGGCUGCUUGGGGACACCUCCAGAUGUCCACAUUUUGUUGCGUGCAGGCAAAUUGUCAGAGACCCUGCAGCAGGCGGAGGUGAGGCUGAUCGACAUGCAGAGCUGCAACCUGGAGGCGUACCACGGCAAGGUGACACAGAAGAUGCUGUGUGCUGGGCUGCCCGAGGGAGGGGUGGACACCUGCCAGGGGGACAGCGGAGGGCCCCUGCUGUAUUCAAACAGGCACUGGCAGGUGGUUGGUAUCGUCAGCUGGGGCUUUGGCUGCGGCACCCCCAGCACUCCCGGUGUCUACACCAGUGUCAGAGCCUACCUCAACUGGAUCUACACCGUCCGCAGGUCGGAGCUCUGAGACCUGCCAGGACACUGGUGCUGUGCCAGGGGCCUGACGAGGAGGCAAAGGGCAGCUCAGGCAGCGGCCACAGCCUCGGAAUGCACCCAGCCUGAACUCCCUUCCGGAUGGAGAUUAAUUUAUUGCCCUGUGCUGAUCCUGCUGUGUCAGGGUCUAUGCUGCUCUUUGCUCAUUACUGUUUUACAGAGAUAAACGAUGUUUGUGCUUUAGUGUAUCGCCUUUAAAAUAAAGUAUUUGUGGGUUUUUUUCCACGCA